AUGGCCAUUGGGACGAGUUUCGUCAUCACGAAAAAGGUCCGUUUGCUCCACCUGGAAUCAACCGAUCGGAGGAAACAAGGCCCCGGAAACCUCGACAGAGCGCAAGCGCUAGCAACAACUGGGGGCUUGAUGCACGCCUCCGAACAACAUGGCUUUGAAGGCGAGGGAUUCUCAUAUUUGAAGAGCCCGAUCUGGUGGGGAGGAAUUGUCAUGUUGGGCAUUGGAGAAAUUUGUAACUUUUCUGCGUAUGCAUUUGCGCCCGCGAUCCUGGUGACGCCCCUUGGUGCACUCAGCGUGCUGAUCGGCGCGGUACUGGGCUCAUAUUUUUUGAACGAGCGAUUGGGCACCUUGGGCAAAUUGGGUUGCGCGAUGUGUCUCCUCGGCUCCGUUGUGAUUGUGCUCCAUGCGCCUCCCGACAAACCGGUGGAUCGCAUUGAUGAGAUCCUUGCAUAUGCUGUCAAGCCAGGAUUCCUUCUUUACUGCUUGGCGGUGGCUAUCUUCUCGAGCGUCAUGAUCUAUCGGGUUGCGCCCGUGCAUGGAAAAAAGAACCCUCUGAUUUUCAUCUCAAUCUGCUCAACUGUGGGAUCGGUCUCCGUCAUGUCUAUUAAGGCAUUUGGCAUCGCAGUCAAGCUGACCCUUGGCGGCAACAACCAAUUCACCCACGCUUCCACUUAUGUUUUCGCCAUUGUUACCGGCUUCUGCAUUCUCACUCAAAUGAACUACUUCAACAAGGCACUGAACUCUUUCUCAACAUCCAUUGUCAACCCACUCUACUACGUGACCUUCACGACUGCCACCCUCUGCGCCUCCUUUAUCCUCUUCCAAGGCUUCAACACCACCGAUGCAGUCAACACCAUUUCCCUACUCUGCGGGUUUCUCAUCAUCUUCACCGGAGUGUAUCUCCUCAACCUUUCCCGUCAUGACCCGGACGGCCGGAGCAUGGUCAACAGCAAGCUUGACGAAGAGGGCGUGCCAACCGAUGGUAUCGCAGGAUAUCAGACACGGCGAUCGAUGCAAUCACGUCGCAGCUCUUCCAGCAUCGCCUACAUCAACGGGCACGGUGACCGGGAGGGCCUCAUCCAUUCAUAUGACAUCGAAAACAACCAGGGAAUUAACUUGGAUGACCUGGCCGAAGAGAGCGACGGCGAGCCGGGCCCGACAUAUGGGCACAAUGAUGAACGAGAUCGCACUGCACUGCAUACGAAGCGGAACAGCCAGGUCUGA